GCGCAUGCGUGCUACCUCGCCCUUUUCUGUACACUCAAAGACCUUGAGGCCGAGAAAAGAGGCUCAGAAAACCACCUCAAAACGCUACGGUUUUGCUCGAAGUCCGACUUGGAAUGCUUUAGGACUGCUCUGAUCUUACAGUAGAGUUGAUAUCACGUCUUCAAGACUCUUUCCACCUACGGAAAACGCAAAAUGAAGGGUAGAGAAUCGAGUGGAUUAAAUCAGAUUGAUGUUGCCUUCCUGAGGGCUGCCAGGGCAGGAAACAUUGACAAGGUUGUCAAUUUUCUUAACGAUGGRGGAGACAUCCACACUUGCAAUGCUAAUGGACUCAAUGCAUUGCACUUGUCUGCAAAAGAAGGUCAUUUGGAGGUGAUGGCAGAACUGAUCAAUAGAGGAGCUCAUGUCAAUGCAACAACAAAGAAAGGAAACACUGCCCUGCAUAUUGGAGCUUUGGCUGGUCAAAGAGGAGCGGUGGAGGUCUUGUUGGAGAAUAAUGCUUCUGUUAAUGCCAAGGCACAGAAUGGAUUCACACCUCUGUAUAUGGCAGCYCAAGAAGGUCAUUCAGAUGUUGUUAAAGUGCUUCUUAAUCAUGGAGGAGAACAGCAAGUCACAACUGAAGAUGGCUUUACUCCUAUUGAUGUGGCGGUACAACAGGGUCAUGAUAAAGUAGUAGCCUUGCUUCUGCGCCAUGGUGCUAGGAAAGGUUACCRCUCACUUCACAAUGCAGCCAGGAAGGACUUUGCUAAAGCUGCUAAACUUCUGUUACAAAAAGGCCAUUCACCUGACGUAGAAGCACCUAAUGGCUUCACUCCUCUGCAUAUUGCUGCCAAAUAUGGCAAUGCAAAUGUUGCCAAUGUCUUGAUCCAAAACGGGGCUUCCAUCGACUACAAAACAAAGAAUUACAUCAUUGCACCACUACAUGUUGCUGCCAAGUAUGGGCAUUUGAAUAUUGUUCAGAUUCUGGUGGAGAAGGGUGCUAAAGUYGACAUCCCAAACAAAAAUGGACUAACUCCUUUGCAUAUUGCUGCUCAUUAUGGUCAUGUUGAGAUUGCUGAGCUUCUGUUGGAGAAAGGUGCUGAUACUGAUGCAAGAGCAAGAAAUGGCUUUACUCCACUGCAUGUUGCAUGUAAGAAGAACCGUGAGGCAGUCAUUCAGCUGCUUCUCAAGUACAAUGCAAAUGUACACUCUGCCAACGAGGGAGGCCAGACGCCGAUGCACGUGGCUACUUACUAUGGAAAUGUUACUCUCGUCCUAAUCCUCCUUCAACAUGGUGGAUCACCUGAUAUCACUAAUGUCCGGGGAGAGACAGCACUUCACAUCGCUUGCAGGAGAAAGCAAAUCACCAUUGUCAGACUACUGUUGAGGAAUGGUGCUUCAGUUGAUGCUAAAACACAGGACAGAGAAACCCCACUGCACAUUGCCAUUAGAACAAAGAACCUUGAGAUGACUAACCUACUCCUGGACCACGGCGCUUCUCCUGACUCCGUUGACAAGAACAAGUGCACUCCACUCCACAUUGCUGCUCGUGAAGGAGAUGAGGAGCUUGUCAGAACAUUAUUAGAACAUAAAGCAAACGUUAACAUUUUGUCUAAGAAAGGAUUUACUCCACUUCACGAGGCUGCCAGACAUGGUCAUGUGAACAUCGUUAAACUGCUCCUAAAAUACUAUGAGACUCCUGAUCCAGAGGGCAAACACGGACUGACGCCAUUGCACGUAGCUGUACACUAUGGUCACGAGGAUGUUGCCAUGGAGCUGAUGGACAGCAAUGCAUCGCCCUAUGCAAAAGCAAAGAAUGGCUUUACACCUUUGCAUAUCGCAUCUAAGAAAGACCAGAAAGACAUCGCCAAAUCUCUCUUGGAUCGUGGAGUUGAACCAGAUACUGUUACCCAGACUGGUAUUAGCCCACUUCAUUUGGCUGCAAAGGAAGGCAACGUAGAAAUGUGUCAGCUCCUCAUGGAAAAUGGUGCCUUACCUGGCAUCGAGACAAAUAAUGGUUUGACUCCUCUACACCUGACUGCUCGUGAAAAUAGAGUCGAGGUGGCCAAGCUCCUUCUGAAGUUUAAUGCACCAAUUAACGCCCAGACUGUGAGUGGUUUCACACCUCUGCACAUCGCCUGUGUCUAUGGUCAUUGGGAUAUUGUAGAACUUCUAUUGGAUAGCGGUGCAGAUAUCAACGCUGCAACCAAGAAUGGUUACCAGCCACUCCAUCUUGCCGCUCAGUAUGGACACAAGAUAAUCAUCGAGAUUCUGCUGCAACGUAACGCAUCUCCAGAUGCCCUGACUAACGAGGGAUACUCUGCUCUUUACAUUGCCCAAACCGUCCAUAACAACACAACCAUAGUAGAUAUUCUGUCAAAAGUGACUCAGAUCACGCAAACCAUAAGAAUAAAGCGCAGGCCCGGUGAAGAGGGUGAUGAUGAGGAGCCUGAGAUUAUUUUCAGUGCAAAACCAGAGGAACUUGAAUUGGAGGAAGUAUUGGAAGACAUGGAGAAACAUGAGGCUGAAGAAGGAUUUUUGGAGCGCUUUCAGUUUCUAGGCCGUUUAAUUUGGUCAGCGGUGUUGGUGGUGGCUCAGCGUUCGCUGGGAUUUGACGACACGUUUGCUUCCCCUGGAUCACAACAUGAACUGCCAUCUGACUCACAAUCCACACGACACGUUAAACAACGAACUAAACAGAACUAUCAAUAUCGUUUACACUACAAUGCACGUGGUAUAUCUUAUCAGCUUUCACCAAUGACACUCAAUAGGGCAUGUGAACACUACUCCACGCAGGAUAGGCAAUCCUGGACUAGCAUUCUYCCURGCGUUCUUUCYUUAUUGCUUAUGCAAGCCCCUAAGGAAGAGGCUUAUGAUCACUUCAUGACGAUGGAGGAGAUGGUGGAAAUCACUGACGAUUCUGAGCUUAAGAUCCAACCUGGUACUGGCAAGAAGACUGAUUCUGGUAUAUUCUCAACACGCUAUUCUGGAUGCUUCCAAGAAGGCACUCCCCUGACAGGCUCGCAUGCCUCUGAUCUUGAUCACUCUAGAUAUUCUGACCUCAAUUUGUCAAGUGGCAUGCAGGAAACUGAGAUCAUCACCAGUGUAGAAGGGAAUCUCGUGCAAGCUGACCUCCCAUCCAGUCUAGCAGAUAUGCAGGAAGAUAACGUUCAGGUGUACGAGCCCCCAGUCACUGGAGGAUUCCUGGUCAGUUUUAAUGUGGAUGCACGCGGUGGAAAGAUGGAGAGUUCGCAGACUGGUAUCAAGGUGGUGCUACCGCCUCGCUCCUGCCAAAUGCCCAAUAGAAUCACAUGUCGUCUCUUGAG